UAAAGUGUGGCCAGGUUACUCUCUGGACCCACCUUGGAGCUCUUCCUCUCUCCGCAUACCGCGGCGGCACCUAUAAGAGCAGCUCUCUCCCCCCUCUCUGGGAACCGACCAUGGCUUUGCGGCCCCGUGCUUCCUCCCAGCCAGGAAAGCUCUCCCUGCCUCAGAUCACCAAGGUGGUCUCGUCGCUUCGCCCGCGGGCGGUUUCCUCUCGCUCGGGCUCCAUGCUGGAGGACGAGCUGUCCUGCCCCGUCUGCUGCGAGAUCUUCAAGGAGCCGGUGGUGCUCAAGUGCAGCCACAGCUUCUGCAGGGCCUGCCUGCAGCAGUUCUGGAACAAGAAGAAGGCCAGGCGCGAGUGUCCCAUCUGCAGGAGGAAGUGCUCCCUGACGGAGCCCACGGUCAGCCUGGCCCUGAAGAAUGUGGCCGACACCUUCCUGAGGGAGCAGGAGAGGAGGAAGGCCACGGCCGGGCUGGGGGCGGAGGCCGGCGCGGCGGGGGAAGACGCCGUGGUGCUGGAGGAAAAGUGCGCGACCCACGGGGAAGUUCUCAAACUCUUUUGUAUGGAUGACUUUGAAGUCUUGUGCUGUGUGUGCCACACUUCCAAGAAGCACCAGGGGCACAAGGUGUGUCCCUUAGACGAAGGGGCCCUGGACCUGAAGACUGAACUGAAGAAGGAUCUGAUCCCCCUGAAGAAGAACCUGCGCCGCCUGUAUGAAGCCAAGCAGGAGUGUGAUGACACAACUGUGCACAUCAAGAACCAGACGGAGGCCACGGAGAAGCAGAUAAGGCAGGAGUUCCAGGAGCUUCGGGAGUUUCUCGAGCGGGAGGAGGAGGCCAGACUGGCCGCCCUGCAAGAGGAGGAUGAAGAGAAGAAGGAGCUGGUGAGGAAGAAGUCUGACAGCAUAACCAGAGACAUCCUCACUUUCUCUCACGCCAUCAUCGCCAUCGAGAACGACAUCGCCUCCAGUGACGCUCAGUUCCUGCAGAAUUACAUCAACACAAAGAAAAGAGCACAGCUCCCCCCGAAGGACCCAGAAAAACUGCCAGGUGCCCUCAUAAAUGUGGCCAAGCAUGUGAGUUCUCUUAAAUACCACGUGUGGGCAAAGAUGGUGGAGCUGGUUCAGUACACACCGAUAACCCUGGACCCCAACACCGCCUACUCCUGGCUGUCCCUCUCCCCCGACUUGACCAGCGUGACCAACAUCGGGUCCCUGCAGCAGCUCCCAGACAACCCCGAGCGUUUCGGUCACUUCGUGUUCGUGCUGGGAUCAGAGGGCUUCACCUCAGGCCGCCACGCCUGGGAGGUGGAGGUGGGCGGCAAGGUGGACUGGAUGCUCGGCGUGGUCACUGCGUCCGUUGACAGGAAAGGCCGCAUUUCGGGCUGUCCGGAGGGGGGCUUCUGGAUGAUCUCGCACUCCGAGGGCGAGUACUCGGCGAUGACGAGGCCCAGCACGCCGCUCCACCUCCAAGGGGACCUGACUCGUGUCAGGGUGCAGCUCGACUAUGAGGCUGGGGAGGUGAUUUUCUCCAACCCCGUUACCAUGACGUCCAUCUACACCUUCAACGACUCUUUCACUGACAAGAUGUACCCUUUCUUCUGCCCCGGCGUCAACAUUAACGGGAGCAACCCCAAACCUCUCAAGAUCUGCCCCGCCAAGGUGGCUGUGUGGAACAGUGCGACCUGGUGAUCUGAGAUCGUGUCCCACGGAGUUACGAUGUGCUUUAUGUUACAAAAGUCUGAUGACGAUACACAGAAAACGCAAGAAGUCAUUGUUGUUUUUACGGUAAUUCCAGACACUCGUGUGCUAACCUUGUCUGCUUCUUCACGAGGAGCAGCAAAUGAGCACCCCCAGGUGGUGAAAACACACUCAUUUAGUUUUAUAUCUCACACCACAGUCAUUUUAACUUUAAUCUUACAAUUCCACUAAAUGAAGGCGUGUUUACUUAUAUAAGAUCUACAUUUCUGCGUUUCAAGUGAGCCAGUCACUGAAAUGCAUUUAUUUAAGUCAAAAAAGCUAUUUUAUUAUUAGAUUAUGGGCAAAAAGCAGAAGCAGUUACAAGAUGACAAAGUUACUCACAUUUUGCUUAAAAAUAGACCACAGAACAUUAAAUGAACCUCAUCAAAAAUAUGAAAAUAAAUAAAAUGUGGAAUCAAAAUGACUGGUCCUUGUGUCUCCUUCACUGAUGCAGGAAAUCCAGAAAAUUGUUUUUCCCACCCUGGACUAUUCAUUAUUUGGGCUAACAUCAGGAACAAUAUAAUGCAGGAGGUGAAAUUUCUUUGAAAUCAAAUAAAUUCCACAAAAUUAAGUUAAAAAUGAUGACACCCUUUGGUAUAUUUAGAUUUAAAAUUGUGUUUAUACAACCAAGACAUCUGUUUCUUGUGGAAAAUAAGAAAGGUAUCCCUAAAGAUAAUACGAUUACAAACCAAAGUAAAAGAAGUAUCUAUUUAAAAAAAUAAAUAAAAAUGUACUUACUGUUUAUCCUUCUUAAAUAGAAAUGGCAUGUUAUUAAUUAUGUAUACCGCUCUCAGUGAUCAAUGGAAAAGUCUUCACUGACCUUACAACAGCCAAAUCCAUCUUAUUGCUGACUGGGUUUUUGCAUUUUUCCACUAGGAUUUAUCUUUAUAAGCUCUUUUAGCCUGGAGGACCUCCUUAUCAUCACCCUAAUCUUACGCUCCCUCCACAGCUUAUCAACCAGAUCCACUUCAGGAAUCCGACUGGGUUUUUCCAAAAUAUUACCAUUAACAUGUCUGUCAAAUAAAACAAUAUAUACUUUAAACCUACAUAUGUUUGGAGUAUUCAUUAUUUUGGGCUUUGCUGUAUUUUUUUAUAUUUUUAUCAUUUUUUUUUUAUCAAGACUAAACUAUACUUGCAACAAAAAAUCGUUUCAUUUCACCAGAGCUCACCCUAACUCCAACAUCCUGAUGUAUUCAACGUGAUUGUCAGAGAAUAAACUGCUUCCUCUA